UUUUAGUGACUAAGACAUAAAAUAGUUGCCAAACAACAAGAUAAUUUAGAAAACGGUCGUUACGUCAUUACGAAUAUGUUUUAUUGAGCUUAAUUCGCCAUUCCACAGAUAAUGUUAUGAAAUAGCUUUCGACUCUGGUGAUAACGCUAGUCUGUAACUUUCUUUCCGAUAAUACAAUAAUAAUAAUAAUAAUAAUAAAAAGUGCAAUACAGAGAAAUGUUUUGAAAAUUUUACUUAAUAUUAAACAUUUUGUUAAGAUUAAUAUUUAUUUCUAAUAAAUUUUGUAGUAACAAAGAAGCUGAAAUUAGUUUUGAGAACAACUAUAUUAGUUAGACUUAAUUGGCUACUACUAUUGACCUUACAUUAGCAUAAGGUAUGUGUAAAUUUAUCUCAGAAGCUUGUUUAACAUUCAGAACAAGAUGAAUGAGUGUGACAAUAUUGAUUGGCAAAAUAAAUUCAAGGCUUUAGAGAAAGAAUAUGAUGAUUUUCGAGAACAGUCCCAAUUAUUGGAACGUGAAUUGGAAUUAGAUGUAGAAAUGCUUGAAAAGACUAAUAAAGAUCUCAAAUCUAAGAAUAAUCAACUGCAGUUUGAUCUUGACACUUUAAGGACAAAAAAUCGAGAAGAACAACAAAACCUUAUGAACCAAAUUCAUAACUUACAAGAAGAAGCAAUUCAUUUUCAUGAAAGAGAAACCAAUUAUGUAAAGUAUAUAAGAGAGCUAGAGCAAAAAACUGAAGAUCUCGAAAAAUUACAAAGAGAAACAUGUGCUUCAUUGGGUGAUUUUGAGAUUAAAAUGAAUGAUGCAAUUGAAAGGAAUGCUCUUCUUGAAGUUGAACUUGAUGAAAAAGAAAGUUUACAAGCAAUGGUUCAACGGCUAAAAGAUGAAAUAAGUGAACUCAAACAGGAAAUUCAAAGCAAAGAACGAAAGUUAAAUCCAGACAUGAAUGAAUCACAAGCUGCUGCUGCGGUAAGACGGUGUAGUAGUUUCCGAGCUGCUGUUGACAAUAGAUUGUCAUCGUCAGCUGAUAACACACCCCGAAGUCAUACCAAAAGUUUAAGUGGAAAUGUUAUGUUUCAUUCCCCACCUGCUAAGUUAGCUAGAGUUGGUGAUAUUGUAGGAGAUCUAAUGAGAAAAGUAAAUAUGCUGGAAGUAAAAUUAAUGGAAUCAAAACAUGUGAAUGUAGCAAAAACUCAAAAUUGUCCUUUCUAACAAAACGCUUUGUGGCAGACCUUACCAGGGUAGGCCAUUUAUAGUGAAAAUUAAUAUAAUAAUUUGUACAUAAGUAUUAUUUUUGUUUCCUUGAAAAUAUCAUGUGUAGA